GCCACGCCCCACUGCCCCGGUCCCGCCUUCCCGGGCAGAGGCCGCACCUGCCGUAGCGUAGCCGGUUCAGCGCUCCGUUCUCGGCAGCAGCAGAGCUCCUACUAUGGACCAGCAGCCCGCUGUCCUGUGCACUGUCCCAGCAUAACAGACAAUGUCCCUGAGGUGCAGAACUUACUGUCUGAGCAGAGGACACAAGAGAGGAGCUCGGGACAUACAAAUCUUGCAAGCUGACCAGAAGACACAGUGUGAAAGGUAAAUGGAAGAUUUGGAGACUAACUUAAUCCAAACACGCAAAGCAUGUAGAAUAGAGCAAAUGGUAGCAAAAUGGCUUCAUCGCUCUCGGGAUGGUGCAUCCAGGGGCAGAGUGUCUGCGACAGACAGUGCCAGUGAUGGCAGUGGCCAGCCUGCCAGCCGUGUCAAACUUACUGUCACAGUAUACAAAGAUUUGGUCCUCCAUCACUACGGCUUUGAGAUUUGUCCAAACCUUCCUCUUACGAUUGCAUCUGUCACUGCAGGGAGCACCGCUGAAGGGAAGCUGCAGCCGGGCGACCAGCUCCUCCUGAUAAACUCUACGGCAGUGGACGACAUGUCUGUCAAACGAGCAGCUGAUAUCAUCAGGGAGGCCGGCGACGAGCUCGUCCUAACCAUCCUGCGCUGCACGUCGGGCGGGCCUAAGUCAUCGUUUCUUACUGCAGAGAAGAGGGCAAGGCUAAAAACAAAUCCCGUGAAAGUACGGUUUGCGGAGGAAGUGCUGGUGAAUGGACACACACAGGGAAAUUCUCUUCUUUGUAUGCCCAACGUUCUCAAGGUGUACUUGGAAAAUGGACAGACGAAGGCUUUCAGGUUUGAGAUGAGCACUACUGUGAAGGACAUUGUUCUCACCUUGAAGGAGAAGCUCUCCAUCCGGAGCAUCGCACACUUUGCCCUCGCUCUAGAGGAGCAGUACAACAUGGCAAAGAUCCACUUGCUGCAUGAGGAGGAGCUCAUUGAGCAGGUGGUCCAAAAAAGAGAAUCUCACGACUACCGGUGCCUCUUCAGAGUUUGCUUUGUCCCAAAGGAUCCCUUAGACCUCCUGCAGGAAGACCCAAUAGCCUUCGAAUAUCUCUACCUGCAGAGCUGCAGUGAUGUGCUUCAGGAAAGAUUUGCCGUGGAAAUGAAAUGCAGUGUGGCAUUACGCCUGGCUGCUCUGCACAUACAGGAGAGGAUCUAUGCUUGUGCUCAGCCACAGAAAGUAUCCUUGAAAUACAUUGAGAAGGACUGGGGAAUCGAAAACUUCAUCUCACCAACUUUGCUUCGAAACAUGAGAGGGAAGGAUAUCAAGAAAGCUAUCAGCUACCACAUGAAGCGGAACCAGGUGCUACUGGACCCUCGGCAGAAGUAUUUCUUCUCUUGCAAAACGAAGCAUAUGCUCGCAGCAGUCCAAGUGCGCCUGAGCUACUUGCAAAUACUGGGAGACCUGAAGAUGUACAAUGGGAAAAUCUUUAAUGCCACCCUGAUGCUACAGGACAGAGAAUCGUACGUUGCCUUGCUGGUGGGUGCCAAGUACGGGGUGAGCCAGAUUAUCAAUAAUAAGCUCAACAUCAUAACAAGUCUGGCAGAGUUUGCAAACAUCAGCAGGGUGGAGCUUACGGAGGAGUCUGAAAAAGUGGGCAUGGUGAAAAUCUACCUGCAGGAUCUGAAGCUACUGACUCUCCUGCUGGAAUCAAACAGUGCAAAAGAUCUUGUCUGCCUCAUCAUUGGCUAUUACAGACUGUUCGUGGAUGCAAAUGUCUCCAUAUUUACCUGGGGAGAGAAAAAACAGCAACUGCACCGUGUCUCAGCUGAAGAAGGGUACGAAUCUCGAACCUGCAGUGACUCUGAAGACUCCUGGGAGCUGGAUUCCUCCUCAGAGCAUUGCUUGGACACUCCUAUAGCAUACAGCAGUGCCCAUCCUGUGUGCAACAAGGAGGAGCUCGGAGAGCUCCACAGCCUGGAGAAGGAUAGAACAAAGCCCCAAGCUGGAGGGAGUGACCAAUGUGAUGGGGGUGGCAAUGCAACAGACAGCACAUCUGAGGCUUCAGAUUCAGCCAACACCGAGAGUCGAGGAUUUAAGACAAGUGACUCCAGUGACUCUAUGGAUGCACUAGAGGAAGAUGAGUUGGAAGCUUGCUCUUCCUCCAGGCCAGAGUUCUUCCACUUCUACACACCAACAGUGCAGGAGAUGAGAAGCUCAGACAAGAGCUUCUUCCCCAUUAGUGCUGCAGGAGGCUCCAGCAGGGCAGAAAACAGAGACUACUUCUGUUUCUUGCAGGUACCACAUGUAGAAGAGCCUGGGUGUGAAGACGGCCCCUCUGAGCAGAGAGGGGAGGAUGUUGGUGUGCCCAUGCUGGAGACCAAGCUGUCUGAAAGAAACACCAUGGGCUAUUACAGCCUGUGCUACAGCACAUCCCCCGCAGGCAGCGUGGAGAGGAGCAACAUCAGUCACAGCCCUCCAAGAAGUCCUUGGAAAGAUGGGUCUGCCCAGGAAAAGGCACCAUGUGGAACAGAGCAGACAGCAGAGGGGAGCGACCUCAUUUUGGAGCCACCCCCGGGCUUUGGUGACACCAGCUCUGAGGAGGAGUUCUAUGAUGCUGCAGACAGGCUCAGCCCUCCGGAUGCCCUGGCAGCAGGCUACAGUAUGACGUCCUGGGAGGGUACAGACAACUCCUCCUGCAUCCUAAAGAAACCAAGGUGUUACAGCUUGGGGGAAAACCCAAUGACAAGGCAGACAGCAAGGGAGAAACACAGAAAGGAGAAGGAGCUGACAUAUGCCAAGAGCCUGAGGAAGAGGAGAUCUUUCCUGAAAACCGAUUAUACCUCACAGGUCACUUUCCCCUUGGCUCUGCCAGGCUCUCUGCAGAGUUGCUGCUCGUGGCCACCACCGGCCCCACUCCUUGCUCAGCCCCCCACUCCACCCUCCUCAGAGGACAUCAAGAAGGAUGCAGAGCUGGGAUUUCCUGCUACCGCCCAGGCCCAGAGAGACACUGCUAGCACAAACCCACCCUCAGACCUCAUGGAAAUGGAGCCUGACACCAUGGAAACAAAAUCAGUGAUUGACUCAGUGGUUUCUUCCAUUUCAGCUGUUCGCCUGCAGGGUGACCAGCACAGGGAGGAAAGUGCAGGCAUUGACAUACAUGUGGACGGUGGCCUCCAACCUGCACAUGCUGUACAUCCACCUUUCCUAUUCCUGGAGGAAGCAGUGCCCCUUCCUGGGGGACAAAGCAGAGCUGCCCAGGAAAGUUCCUCCAUGAAGACAAAUACUGGGUGGCUGAGUGAGGAGAGCUGUGUGGCCACUGAAGGCUGGCUGGCCCGAGUGGCACUGGAGGAGGUGGGUGAGGUGAUGGCAGCCCAGCACAAGGCUGGUGAUGUAUCCCCAUUCCUGGGCCAAGAGGUGACCUGCCCUGCUAACGAACACACACUGCCGCCAUCAGAACAUGGCCCCAGUAUGGCUUCUCCCCAUGAGGUGGCCCAGGACCAGGAACUCCUCCCCACGGCUGGGAGGCAAGCACUGUGUGAGGAACCUGUGCCAGCUCCCUGUGAAGAAAGAAAAGCUAAUCGUGACAACUGUGCUGAAAACAGCAGUGACAAUGCCUUGUCACAAGCAAAAAGCAGACCAGUGAUAAACAAGGAGGCCUUACAGAAAGUGCACAAUAAAAAUCACAUGGGUUUUCCAGAUGCAACUCAGCUCUUGACAGACUGCAGCAGCACUUCAGGGGUUGUAACCCGCCUCUCCUGGCUCUCAUUCGGAGUGAGGACAGGCCUCAGAUCACCCAGCCCAUCUCAGGAAAGGGCAGAUAUCCCACUAGAGCUUUUGGCCUCUCAGAAGACCAGUGGGUGCCUGGGGGCUGAUGCUCUCAGAAGGGAGAUGCAAACAUCCCCAGCUGGACCACCCUUUGAGAAAGAGUUGGUAAGCAGCCAGUGGCUGGAUGAAGGAAAGGCCAGAAAAGAUACAGGAAAUGUGGCUCUCAAACAGCCACAGCCUGUUCAGACUCCUCUUCCCAGAGAGCAGGCUACUGACUUGGGGAAAGACUCUCCUCUGACUCUGGGGCUUUCUGUCUCCUCAUGCCCAAUUCCCUUGGGCUCGUUGGGGAAAACUGCAGGAGACCAUGGGGCUUCAAAACACUCCUUCCUCUGCUUUAACCACAAGAAGGAUGGGCAGACCCCUUCUGACCCCAUCAUGACCAGGUCCUCGGGUUUUUCCACAAUGAAGAAGACAUCUCCACCACAGCUUAGGACAGACAAGUGCAACUGUCAGCUGUCCUAUAUCAGCUGCUUCCACAGGCCUGAUGACAAGGGGGAACGUGAAACCACCAUCCCCAUUUGCAACACAUUUCUGGGGCCCCUCACCACCCCACCAUCCAGCAGCUGCAGUCUUGCUGGGACCCCUGUGAGCAGUUACCCAGUCUCCAUUGCUAGGGAUGUGGCAUGGUGGGACCCUCAUGUCCAAGCCCUCAGCCAGCUGAAGGACCAAGCACGGAUGAGCCCUGCAGAUUUUUCCUGCUUCCUAGCCUACACCACAGAGCUUCAGGAGGUUGUGGGGAAGCUCUCUGGGAACGAAGCAACCCACCUGCAAGAUCAAUGUGCAGAGCAGGGUGCUGAGAGCAAGGGUGCCCUUGGCUUAGCCUCCCGGGACCUGCUCUCCAGUUGCCAGGAGCUCCUGAGAACAGAACAGCCCCUCAAAGAGCUGCAGGCUGCGCUGAGGGUGACAUUUGACCACCUCGUUCAGCUGGCAGUGGCCUGCUUCCAGGUGACACACUGCCAGCUCUGCAGGCAGAGGCAGCAGGAGCUCGGAGCUGCACUCAUGGACGUGGUGGGCACCUACCACCAGCUUGUGCAGGCUGUACACCAGCAGCUUCGCAGGCAAGGCUGCCCAGAUCUGGGUGCCAAGCUCCUCGCCCGCCAACACACAGCCCUUACAGCUGCCAUGUUUUGUCUCCUGCAGCAGGUCAGGGUACCCCCAUUGGUGUGAUGGGGCUGUUGAUGGCACACGAGUGCACUGGGUGGGGAAGAGCCCAGCUAUGUUCCCUGUGUCCACUACCAGGCUCUCCCCCACAGGAUGUUUAGCCCCGGAGCUCUAGAAUGGUCACGGAAGGAUGUGGCCAUGUCGGUCGGCUUAGUUCCACCAAGAGCUGCCCUGUCCGGGGGAUGGUCAUGAGGCAGGGCAUACCGCCCUCCAGCCUAGCUUUGUGUAAUUCUGCAUACACAAUCUGUAUGUAAUAUGCAAACUCGUAGAGUACUUAAAUGGCUUAUGUACCUUGCCUAGGGCUUGUCCCUCACCUCCCAAAGGCCCUGCAGGUGGCCAGUCCCAAGGUGUUGUCUUAGCCUUCUUCUGUGGAGAAAGAUGGGAGCCUUUUGGCCUUCCUUUCCUCUCACUCCUUACUCUACAGGCAGACUCUGAAGUAGUCACGUCAAAUCCCACCCUGGCCCGACACAAAGGAAUCCAGGCUGCUUUGUCCGCCUUCUGUGGCUGAGGAUGUUUCUGGAGUUAUAAUGGAAACCUCUCUGGGAACAAAGCUAUGCUGUAUUUAACUGCUUUUCCUUGCAAGGACAGAAGAGAAGGUUGUCCCAGGCGAGGGAGGCAACACCAUAUGCUGCUCUUCUGAUAUGGUCUCUUUGUGUCAGCCAGCUCUUCUGUUUGCUGAUGCUUAAGUCCCUGAUUAACCCCUCCCUGCUACUUAUGGAUCCACAGCUUCCAGAAGGAACACGUAAGCCCAGAGACUGAAAUGUCACCUUCACAGCUGUGGAGAUGACCAAUUAUGCUGGCCUCCCUAGGAAAGGGCAAGCCCCUUCUCCCAGUCUCAUCGGUAGCUCGUCUUCCAUCAUGUGCAGUAUAUCCCUAGCUAGGCGUGAGCUGUUUGUCGUUAAAGGUCGUCUAGCUGUGCAUCCCUGGUGAGUCAGCACUCCAGCGCUGGAGGCAUGACCUUGGCACCCUCUGAUGAAGAGGGCAGAGGUCCCUGAUUGCUGGUGUCUAAAUUAGGGGCUUGUUUGGGAGCAGCUGGCUUUCUCUGAGGGGUGUCUGCAGCAGGCGUGCUGCCUGACAACCUCUCUGCCUCCGAGUGUACUCAGGAUGGAGGGGUCUGCACAAGGCAGCAGAGGACCACGUGCAGGCCACAAGAGGUGGCCAGCUCUGCCCGUGCACACCACGUCUUCAAGCACCAGGGCAGCGUGGGGACAGGAUUGUCCUGUGGCUCUGUAACAGGGAGGCCACUUCCACUUUUGCUCAUUCUUUAAUGCUUCUGGAGGGAGUAAAGGGCAAGUCCUUGCAGCGGAACUCUGAUGUGGAAGAAGGUGGCAGCUGGGGCAGAAAGGAGUGCUGCAGCACUGCUAGGAGACCUCCCUAACCAGGCAGCCUCUAACAGCCACAGAAAUUCGGCAACCUUUAGCAGCCCUAUGCCAAAUACCCUACAGCCGCUACUCUCACAGUGUGCCUGCAGGCAGCAAGCUAGCUAACCAAGGGCAGUCUGCUUUCCUGGCAGCACAGGGACAGGGUGGCCAAAGUACCUUCAGCCACUGGGGAGGGCACCGCUGCCAGGUGGUUUGGGUUAGCGUACGCUGCUGCCUAGCAAACUCAGGGGCUCAGUUAGAAAGUUAAAAGUCUCUUACGCAGAAGCCCAAGUGCAGACCUCUAACAACACACCAACGGCUGGUGAGCAGGGGGACACGAAAAGUAGGAACUGGAAGAGUGCACGGGCACAGCAAAGCAAGAGGCACUGGCAAGCACAAAUUCAGCCUACGUGGGGAGCAACACCCUGUAUCCACCAACAGCUGCUCUGGCAGGCCCUACUAAUGCUGUCUCAUGGGCACGGAAUUCCAGAUGUUGGAAAAGGCUCUGAUGUGAAGGAGAAAUGAAAACACGUAAGCACGUGAGAUGAUAGUAAUUUACCUCAGAAGACUAACCUGGUGGUUAGACAUAGUACUCAUUGACGGUGAGGUUUUGUUGGGGGGGGGGGGGGGGGCGGUUUAGCAACAAUGGCUGAGGUAACAUACUGACUCAGAUGCAUCAAAAAUGCAUUCUGCUGUGGCUGUAAAAUAUGUCACUGCUCUAUGUGCAGGGCACAGUCAAAUCCCAGAUACCUUUCCAGAACAAACAUCAGGGUUAGUGAACUUCACACGUCAGUGUGUGACGACGUACUGUGCAUCAGUAACUGUAAGGAUGCAAUGGGAGUUUAAGAGUAAACAUUUUAUUUUAGAUUAGAUGCACAGGAUUAGCUAUAGGCUUCAACAACACAACAAGUCUUCCAACUGGUUUAAAGUUGUUAGGACGUGGUACACCUGGGAACUGUUUCUCCAUUGGGGAAUCACUUCCCAUCUUGUGUUCCCCAACUGGAACAGCACUGUCCUUUUCCGUGGGAAGGAAUUUUCCUCGCCAGUGAGCUUUGCAAUUCUAACUUCACCUUAAUUGUUGUUUAAUCAAGAUGAAAGAAAUACCUUAAAGCUCUCCUCCCUGUUCCAGAACAAGUGUAGAUGCAAGAGUCAGGAACACUCUAGCAAGCACCCACAGAGAAACAAAACUGAAUUCCUGUCCAUUUUUUACUUGAUCCCAGGACUCCAUCAGCUUUUGUUUUCUGUUCCAAGGGGAAAAGCCAUUUCCAGCAUUGUACAGCUGAGGUAGAAUGUGUCACGCUCAACAAGGUCCUUAAACAAGAUUUAUGCAGAGCUGUUUUCUCCACGCACAUGCUGGUGCCUCUGCUUGAAAUUUGGAGUUUGCCUCUGUCUGCACGGCUCCAUAACAUCACAAAAUAAAGAGUUUUCUUGUGCAUUGUCA